AUGGGCCGUGGAAAAAUCGAGAUCAAGAGGAUCGAGAACACGAAUAGCAGGCAAGUUACUUUCUCUAAGAGGCGUGCUGGUUUGCUCAAGAAGGCUCAUGAGCUCUCUGUUCUUUGCGACUCUGAGGUUGCCGUCAUCGUUUUCUCCAAGUCCGGCAAGCUCUUCGAGUUCUCAAGUACUGGCAUGAAGAAAACGCUUUUGAGAUACGGAAACUACCAACAUUCUUCAGAUGCUCCUCUGAUUAAUUAUAAAACAGAGAACCAGGAGGAGGGUUGUGCAGAGGUGGAACUUUUAAAGGAUGAGAUUUCAAAGCUUCAAGAGAAACACUUACAACUGCAAGGUAAGGGUUUGAAUGUUCUGAGCUUGAAAGAGCUUCAACAACUUGAACAGCAACUAAAUGUCUCACUGAUGUCAGUGAGAGAGCGAAAGGAACUAUUGUUGACUAAACAGCUUGAAGAAUCACGGCUCAAGGAACAGCGAGCAGAGCUGGAAAAUGAGACCUUACGAAGACAGGUUCAAGAACUCAGAAGUUUUCUCCCGUCCAUCAACCGAAACUAUGUUCCAUCUUACAUCACAUGCUUCGCUAUAGAUCCCAAGAACUCAACCGCAAACAACUCUUGCUUGGACGACGUUAGCUUCCAGAAGACCGAUUCAGACACAACUCUGCAGUUAGGGUUGCCUGGAGAAGCACAGGAUAGAAGGAGGAGUGAAGGAAACAGAGAGAGCCCAUCAAGUGAUUCAGUGACAACGAGCACGACCAAAGCAGCUGCACAAAGGAUCAGUCUAGUGUAGCACCUGAAAACAAAAAGCCAAAUGUUCUCUGUCUAGCUAAUAGAGAAAUAUGGGAGUGAGGCACAUAAUGUUUUAUCUGUAGCAAGUAUCUGAUUAUGUUAAAACCAAUGCUACAUGAGAAGAAUCUGGUGUAUCUCAUCUCUCGUCUAACUCUAACCUUAC